GAGGUGGUGGUGGUGGUGGUGGUGGUGCUGUGUGGUCGUGAGGCGUUUGCGAUCAAAGAGGUGUUGCCAAACGCCUCAGAGUCAGAAAAGAGGACUAUAUCGCUGAUAAAUGGGAGCAUUUACACUUUUUUUUACGCUUUUCGUUUUAAAAAUAAUUAACCUUUGAACCAUAGAACGGAGAAGUAACUUUCCACUUCUUGCAUAUUUAAUUUUUGUCGUCAACAAACCGAACCUCCAAACAGUCUCCAUUUGAGACCCGACACGCGUGCCCAGUUGUGGGGCACAGGCAGGGCUCCAACAUGAAGAAAUAUGCUUAUUAAAUAGAAGAACAUUAGAAAUAGAGUUAUUGAACCAAGGCGGUCGGUGUAAUGAAGGACCGACUUGGGGAGUUCGCCGCUAACUGCACCCAGGUUGAGGAGGAGGUGGAGGUGGACAGAGAUUGUUUUAUGGAAGGAUUCUUCAGAAGAGUGGAAGACGUCAGAGGGCUUAUUGACAACAUCGCUUACAAAGUGGAGGAGGUGAGGAAGAUGCACAGCACCAUCCUGUCGGCGCCCAACCCAGAUGAAGCAACAAAGCAGGGACUGAACAGGCUGACCAAUGACAUCAAAGGGACUGCCAACGUUGUGCGGGCUAAACUCAAGUCGAUUGAGCUCAGCCUACCUCAAGACGACAUGGCCCACAGAACCUCAGUGGACCACCGGAUCCAGAAGACACAGCACACGGUGCUUUCCAGGAGAUUUGUGGAGGUUAUGAUGAUGUACAACGAGACUCAAGUGUCCUUUCGGGAAAGGAGCAAAGGGAGGAUCCAGAGGCAGCUUGAGAUAACUGGAAGAGUGACCACAAACGAAGAGCUGGAGGACAUGCUAGAAUGCGGAAAUCCAUCCAUCUUCACUUCUAAUAUUAUUUCAGAUUCUCAAAUCACGCGGCAGGCGCUAAACGAGAUCGAGUCGCGUCACCAGGACAUCAUUCGUCUGGAGGCCAGCAUCAGAGAGCUGCGCACCAUGUUCAUGGACAUGGCCCUGAUGGUGGAGACCCAGGGGGACAUGGUCAACAACAUUGAGAAGAACGUCUCAACUGCCGCUGAGUACAUCGGCAUGGCGAAGGAGGAGACCAAAAAGGCUGUGCGGUACCAGAAGAAGUCACGCAGGAAAUUUGUUUUCCUUGCAUUUGCAAUAUUGAUCCUGAUUGCGGUCGUUGCACUUAUUGUUGGCCUGUCUGUUGGGCUAACUAAACCCCCUGCCUGAGAAUCACUCAUCACUUCCUCAGACCAUUCUCUACCUCAUCGAGGGUCGGGAAGGAGCCAUGGGUCUCAUACUCUUGGUUGGAAUCUUUGACUGAUGGAUCCUGUAGCAAAUCACCGUCAGCUGAGUCUGUGUCGGGUGUGGAGUCACUUAGUCAACCACAAAACCUAAAACAUGACCAAUCAACUUUUUUCCUCGCAUCCAUCCAUCUUGUUCAAAAUUCUUUCAACUAAUGGGUGCCUAAAGAAUAAAUCAUAUCAACACACAGCUCAAUCAACCCAAUUAUUCCUCCUGUAAGUACGUUUGAGCAUGUCUUCAUAGAAAAAAUAUAUAUAAACGAUGUAUAUGCUUGUAUUAUCUCUGAUUAUUAGGGGUCUGAGCAGCACAGCUGCUUGGUCCCCUUUUGUUUCUGUAACGUGUUCUUUUUCCUCUAAUUCUGUAAAAGUCAUACUGCAGCCUAUACCGUAAGUCGAAAACUCUUGAAAUGUUAAGGUAUGGUUAAUAUUAACUCCAACUACCCAUACAAAAGCUGGCGCUAUUGUAAAAAAUCAUGAAUUAGUCUUAUUUCUCCUCACCAGAUUGACCUGGACUCAAAAUUCUUUCAUAAUAUUAAUCUCUAGAAUCAGAUGCAUCUGUAAAACCCUUAUGCCCUAAAAAUGUUUACCUCUCCCACACUUUCAUAUUGAAGCCAAACAUAAUAAAAAGAUUCACAGGCUACCAAAAUAAUCAAAGAUUCACCAAAAUCGCCACAUAAAAUCUUUAGACCCAGCCUCACAAAAAUCAUCAAACAGA